AUGUGGUCCAACGGGCCAGACAGGAUCGAAGACGAGAAAGACUUGGUGACAAAGGUGAUCCAUGCCGACGACGACCCUUCGCUCAAUCCAUGGACCUUCCGGAUGUGGUUCAUCGGUAUUGGCCUGGGCAUCUUCGGUGCCAUUAUGGAGACGAUCUACUUCUUUCGCCCCGUCACACUGGACGUGUCCAACAUCUUCCUCGCCCUCUUGAGCUACAUUUUCGGCACCUUCCUGGAGUGGUUUAUUCCGAAAACAGGUUUCAUCGGGCGGUGGUUCAAUCCUCACCCGUUCAAUAUGAAGGAACACGCAGCCAUGGUCGUAAUCGCCUCGUCGGGGGCCCAGACUGCCCUAGCCGUCGAGGUCAUUGCCGUCCAGAGGCUGUUCUACGACAGAGCGCCAAACGUCCUCAUCUCCAUCCUGCUCGUUGUCUCCUCGCAGUGUGUCGGGUAUGGCUUUGCCGGACUACUUCGCCGAGUCUUAGUGUAUCCCACCAAGAUGGUAUGGCCCAGCCUCCUGCCGAUGAACACCUUGCUGGAGACACUCCAUCGCGACCGCAGGGAGACAAGGAACCGCCUCCGCUUCUUUUGGUGGAUCCUCAUUGCCGCCUUCGUCUGGGAGGUCCUACCCGAGUACGUCAUGCCGAUUCUGACCGGUGUCAGCGUCUUUUGCUUGGCGAAGCAGGAUAGUAUGAUCUUCACCAACAUCUUUGCUCGAGACUUUCCAUUCCUUUCCCAGCUUCUGUUCUCUCAAAAUUCGACGAGUUCCAACUACGUCGUGUAUAACCAGACGGAAAUACUCAAUGACGAGAAUGUGCUGCUGCCGUCUGCACUGGAAACCGAGGGCAUUCCUUUCUUUGCGGGGACUUAUGCCAUGUUCCUCUUUACGACCAACCUUGCUGUCACUGCAACCGUUAGUCAUCUCUUGCUCUGGAACUGGGAUGAUCUCAAGACUGGGUACUCGUUCCUCUCGCCCAGCAGCCUUCGGCAGCUGCUCUCCCCACGCAGCCGAGAUAUCGAUGAGGAAAAAGAUCCCCAUUACCAACUAAUGCUGGCAUAUCCUGAAUGCCCUAGCUGGUGGUACGCCUGUAUUCUCAUUCUAUCCGUCAUCAUGGGUGUCGUUGCCAUAUACGCGGCAAAGUCGACUCUUCCCUGGUACGGGUUCUUCACCAGCCUCGGUGUGGCUGGAACCUUUAUCCUCUUUUUCGGCGCGCAGGUCGCACUUACGGGAUACCAGGGGAACGUGCAGCCGAUCGUGCAGAUGAUUGGGGGUUACCUCCAUCCUGGCCAGCCGCUUGCAAACAUGUACUUUACCCUCUUUGGGUACAACUCGGUCAUUCAGGGCAUCAGUAUGGUGCAGGACUUGAAGUUUGGGCAGUACGCAAAGCUCCCGCCGAAAGCGACGUUCUGCGCCCAGGUCGUUGGUACUCUGGUUGGCGCUGUUAAUUAUAUCAUGAUGGUCGAAAUCACCACCAACCAGAGAGACAUUCUCUUGUCCAUCCAGGGUACUAAUAUCUGGUCCGGUCAAAACAUUCAGCAGUUCAAUUCCCAAGCAAUUGCAUGGGGAGCUCUAGCCGAGGAAAUGUUCUCCCCAGGCUCUCGCUAUGGACUCAUACCCAUUGGUCUGCUCCUCGGCUUCCUCCCGCCGCUCAUCUUCCAUACACUUCAUCGGGCAUAUCCGAGAAUCGGCUUCUCCAAGAUUAACACGCCCAUUAUCCUCGCCUACGCGGGAAUUCUCAGCGUUGGGAUCUCGUCCUCCAUGCUUUCGUACUUUGCCAUCGGCUUCGCGAGCCAAUUCUGGCUCCGUCGAUGGAAGCCAGACUGGUUCAUAAAGUACAACUAUGUCUUGGCGGCCGCGCUCGAUGGUGGCACGCAGAUUCUUGUAUUUCUCCUCACGUACACCGUUUUGGGUGGCGUUGGUCCAGAAAUCAAGUUUCCCAAGUACCGGGGCAACAAUGCGGAUGGAAAUUUCGACUACUGCAUGAGAGACCCGGGGGCUGGUUCUGUGGCCGCGGGCCCGAUAGAUCUGGACGGAUAA